CUGGGGGCGGGGCCGGGCCGGGGUCAGGGGUCGGCCUGUGUUUCCCGGCAGCCUGUGCGGGGUUUUGGCGCCGUCAGUGCCGGAGCCCGAGCCAUGAGUUUACCUUUGAAUCCCAAACCAUUUCUCAAUGGAUUGACUGGCAAACCAGUCAUGGUCAAGUUGAAGUGGGGAAUGGAAUACAAGGGCUAUCUUGUCUCAGUUGAUGGCUACAUGAACAUGCAGUUGGCCAAUACAGAGGAAUACAUUGACAGUGCUCUAGCAGGACAUCUUGGAGAAGUUCUUAUAAGGUGUAACAAUGUUCUGUACAUCAGAGGAGUUGAAGAGGAAGAAGAGGACGGAGAAAUGAGAGAAUAAUUUUGCUUUUUUUAUAUAAAAAAUGUGUAAUUAUUUUGUACUUUUUUCAGCGCUGCGACAUUGCUAGGUUACUGUUGAACAGACUCAUUCACGGACUUGUAGGUGCUCUAAAGAUGGAUGAUCUGCCUGGAUUCUACAAUACAGACUCUUAAUAUAACUGUUUCUGGCAUCAAAGCUGGUCACAAAUCACAUGUUUGUUGUUUAUGUGUGAAGAUUCAGAUCCAAGGUUAACAAAUAAAAGGUGAUUUAAAAUA